AUGGAAGGAAAACUGUCGCGAACUGCAAAGAAGCUUACAUCGUCUCCCAUUCAAGAACUCUCUCACCUUGCUCAGCGAUGCAACGCUAUCAACCUCGCCGAAGGCUUCCCCGACUUCCCUGCUCCUCUCCACAUCAAAAACGCCGCCGUUUCCGCCAUCAAUUCCGACCUCAAUCAGUACAGGCACGUGCAAGGCAUAUGUGAACACUUGGCCAAGAUGGUGAAGGAAAUGCAUGGUUUAGACAUCGACCCUCUGAUAGAUGUAGCUAUUUGUUGUGGUCAGACUGAGGCUUUUGCAGCUGCAAUCUUUGCAACAAUUGACCCGGGGGACGAAGUCAUACUUUUUGACCCUUCUUAUGAAACAUAUCAAGGAUGUGUUACCAUGGCCGGUGGUGUCCCUAUACAUGUGCCACUUGACCCGCCUCAGUGGACUUUGGAUCCAAGCAAAUUGCUGAGAUCAACUACUGAGAGAACUAAAGCCAUUGUACUGAAUAGUCCUCACAAUCCAACUGGCAAGGUUUUCACAAAAGGUGAACUUGAGACUAUUGCUGGAGCAUGCUGCAGCCGAAACUGCCUAGCUAUAACAGAUGAAGUGUAUGAGCAUAUAACUUAUGAUAACCAAAAACAUAUAUCCCUUGCUACAUUUCCAGGCAUGCAAGAACGGACUAUUAUAACAUCUUCUUUGUCUAAAACAUUUAGCGUCACAGGUUGGAGGGUCGGAUGGGCAAUUGCACCAGCCUGUAUUGCGUCUGCUAUCAGAAACAUUCAUAUAAUAGUUACUGAUUCUGCUCCAGCUCCUUUUCAGGAAGCUGCUUUGACUGCUUUGAGAAGCCCCCCUGAAUACUUUGAAUCACUGAGAAGCGACUAUCAAUCAAAAAGAGAUUAUAUCGUCAAGUUGCUUGCGGGAGUGGGUUUUAAAAUACAGUUUAUACCUCAAGGCUCGUUCUUCUUAUUCGCGGAGAUUCCUGAGAAUUGUUCCCUUUCUGAUGUAGAAUUUGUUAAAAAGUUAAUACUAGAAGCUGGGGUGGUGGCUGUUCCAGGACAAGGAUUUUUUCAUACCAAUAACCUAUCAUCAAAUGAAGCUUCUGAUGCAAAUUGUAACUACCAGAAGAGAUACAUCAGGUUUGCAUUCUGCAAGAGCGAGGCAACUUUGGCUGCGGUUUCAGAAAGACUUGGGAAGCUUUUGGAUGCUGCAGGGCAUCUUGCACUACAUUGA